AUGAGGAGCGGUCUACUGGUCCAGAUGGGCUGGCUGACUGCUCUCCGAAUUCAAGCCAACGGCGUCAGGGCCACUCGGGGGCCCGAGUCCGAGACGCCAGAGGAGCAAGCUCAGGCGCAGGACCAGGGGGCCCAGGCUCGCAGCUUCACGGGGCCGCCAGGAGAUUAUGGAGCAGACUCUGACAGGGAUAAUGCCGCCAUUGUGCCCGUUUCCCCUGACAUGUUCGAUCUGCGCCUGGACUUGGCCGACUCGCCGUCGGCGUGGCAGCUGCUGGCCCGGCAGCGGGGCGGGGACGGACAGCACCGAGCGCUGCCAGAGGUGGCCCUGGCCCCGGGUGGUCCCAGCCUGGCCCGGUGCUCCAAAGUCACAGACUCCGAGCAGCCGGCGCCCCCGUCGGCGUCGGAUAGGCGGCCGAAGCUCCUGGCGGACCUGUGCAGUAGUGAUGCGGGGCUGCUCGGCGACAGCAUCUGCGUCGUGCAGGAGGGGGGCCGCGGCCGACGCCUCGAGGGCGGGAGCGCCGGCGCGGUGGCGGCCGAGCUGUGGCCCGGCCGGGAGCGGCCAGACCAUAUGUGGCGCGGGCUGCGGAUGCUCAGCGACACCAGCAAGCGGGACUUCCUGCUGCACCCCACGUGGUGGGGCUACCUCGUGCGCGCCGACUUCGUGCGCGCGGCGGUGGAGCCUCACCAGGCCGUGUUCGUGUGCGCGCAGGGCAGGGCGUUCGAGCUGUUUUUGGAGGAGCUCCUCGAGCGGGCGGAGCGGGAGAGCUUCGAAGAGGGCGGCUCGUUCAGCUCAUGGGUGGUCGAAUGCAUUGUGUGCGCCGCCGUCACCGUGCGCACGCUUCGUUUGCAGGCCCUGAGGUCGGUGGCCGACGAGGUGCUCGGCGGCAUCAGCCUCCAGAGUCCCGACUCCACCCUGCGGCUGUACCCGCUGAAGUUGGCCAUCUCCUCCUUCGUGGAGCAGAUGAAGCCUCUGAAGCGAGGCCUGCGCGACGCCUUGCAGCACCAUACUUCCUUGCGGCAGAGAGCGGAGGCGGCGGAGGGUGGCCUUGAGAGGAACAAGUCCAGCGGCUCGAUGGUGUCUGGCGGAUCGCAGUCCAGCGUGCCCGUGAUCCCUGGUGAACUGGAAGAUGCCUUGCACAACUGGCAGCACAGUGCUGAAGAGGUCUUGGCAGAUGCCCUCGACGUCAGCACGAGGAUCGCAGACAGCAUGCGUUUCGUGGAGGCAUCGAUGAGCUGCACUAGGAAUCGCCUCAUCAUGUUUGAGCUGUGGACUGCGAUUCUCACGAAUGUCAUAGGGGCUGGGGCGCUCAUCUCCUCCAUAUUUGGAGUGAAUCUGAGCAUGGGGUUCGAGACCGAGCCGGGGAUAUUCAACCUGGUCGUGCUCAGCAUCGUCGGCAUUGGUGCCCUGACUUUGGUAGUGUCAUUGCACAAGGUCACGAGAAGCCAGAAGCACUACCUCACAACGGCGCCCUGUUCGGGAACAACAGGCUCCUCCGACGCGUCCAGGAGAGACGACGAGUACGUGCUGUCGCUCUGCGCCGACCGCGCCCCCGACGGCUCCCCGCCGAGCGUGCGGCUGGAAAAGGUCGCCCUCGAGCUGCGGGAGCCCGCGCUGCCCGCGGGCGCAGGCGGCCCGCGCUGCCCCGGCCCGCGGCGGCUCUCCGCCGCGAGCCCCGCCUCCCGAGCGCCACGGGGCGCGUUCGGGGCGCCCUCCGCGCCGCAGCCGAGGCCUUCCGCCAGGCGCGGCGGGUGCAGCGAGUAG